AAAAACAUAAAAGAAAAAAAAAACAUAUUAAUUGUUGUCAGGUGUGUUAUCUUAUUUUCUUUAUCUUAUUCAUUUCUAAUUGAAUGUCUUUGGAAAUUAUUUAUUUUUCCAUGUUGAACAUUUGGAAAUCCAUUUGCACUCAUACACUUUAUUGUUAUUAUUUCUCCGCUAACAAGCCAAACUUAAUCCAUUUCCCUUAACUCAUUUUUAUUUUUAAUCUCAACCUAAUCCGCAAAAAUUAGCUCCUUCCUCAUUAGGAACAGGCUUUCAUAACCGAAAGGUUACCAGUGUGUGUGUGUGUGUGUGUGUGUGUGCAUGUGCGUAUGUGCGUGUGUGUGAUAUCUCCGUCAGUGUCACAUCUCCGUCGCUUCGACAUUUUGAAUAAUCAGAGCCGUCUCCUCUGACUCCUGCUUCCCUCUCCUUCUCAUCUUCAUCACUUUCAUCACAGGAACCGCGGGACCCUCGCAGUUUUUAAAAAUAAAAUAAAUCAAAUUAUGAACCAAACCGUUUCCAUUAUAUCUGCCGUAAUCACGAAAUAAUCCCGUCCGUAACAAAGGGUCCAUUUAAAGCUCCACGCUUUUGUCAGCGCCGGGACACUGAACCUCGCUCUGUAAUUGCAUUAUUUAUUCUCCUCUUACUUCCCAGCCCUCUGUGCAGAGGCAGUUCAAAUGUGAAAACCUUUCUGCCAGCAGGAGGAGAAGGGGCAGCGGAGUUCGGCCUGUGAGGUAAGAGCCUCGCACCUACAUUUUACUCCCAAGUUUAAUUAAGGUUUUCUCUCAAAACGCGUCGAUUUGACGCGUUGGGAAAAUGUAAAAGUUGUGCCAACUUGAACUUGAGGAAGAAACCUCAAAAUCUUGUUUUGCUUUUUUUUUUUUUUUUUAAAGAAGCCGUUUUCAGAUUGACGCUCCGCUGAUUUGCCAUCAAAUCAUUUCUUUAUUGCGCUGCGGGAUAGAGAGUGAAGAACGGAUGAGAGGGAGGAGAGAAGGAGGGAGAAGAGGAGCGGUUUGAGCUUAUCACGCUUUCUCUCAAACAACACGCGUGCGCGUUCACGCGCACUCUCUCUCUCUCUCGCUCUUUCUCUCUCUCUCUCUUUCUCCUGCGCACACACACAAACACACACACACACACACAUACGUUUACAUUAAACACAGGGUUAGAGUGCAGCUGGGAUGGACGUCAUAUCUGUGUUUUUAAACCAGCCCUGAGUGGCGCUCGGGACGCAGCACGAAAAGGGGGAAGACGCACAAUUACUCUUUUCUCCUGGACUUUCCACGCGCACGCACGCACGCACGCACGCACGCACAGACCCCGGUUGGUAUCCACGGACACGCGAGGUAAAGCUCUUUCACUUUUCUGAGUUUCGAGCUCAAUUGUUUUAGCUGGAUUUUGGGUUUUUUUUUUUUUUUGGGGGGGGGGGGAGUCAUUCCCCCCCAUAAACCAGGACCGUUCGUGUGUGCGAGUGAACAUGUGCGUGCGUGUGACCGCGACGGUUUGCUCUAUGUGUGUAAGAGAGAGAGAGAGAGAGAGAGAGAGAGAGUGAGAGAGUGUUGCUGGUUUUUUAAUGAAAACUGUUUUUGGGAGAAGGUUGAAGGCCCGUCACAAAGUAGUUUUGUUGAAGCAGAAUAGAGAAGACUUAAAGAGAUUUAAAAAAAAUUAAAAUCACCUGCGAUGUAAUAAAAAAAAGUUGGAUCAGGGUGAAGGAGAUUUUGGUCGAACAGCAGGUUCAGUUCACACCGCUGCAGGGGCUGCAGGAGCUACCUCCGCUGCCUUUUCCUUUUUUUUUUCCUCCAGUUUUUAAUUUCCCCCCUCAGCUGCAAAUACCGCAAGAAGCGCGGAGAAUAUUGGAGAGUAUCUCACCGCGAAACCCCGGUGCCAGACAGCUGACGAUGAAGAGGAUGUUGGUGGUGGUGAUGAUGAUAUUUGAGGAGCUGCAUCAGUUUGAACGUUUACUUUUAUAACAGAAAAGCCUUUAAAAAAAAAAAAAAAAAAAAAAACGGAGCGCAGCGACGAAGUGGCGGAGCGGCGUUUGUCGGUUUCAAACCGGAGCUCAGUGGCAGCUUCGCAUUGGGCAUAGAGCAGCUGACGCUGUUCAAAGUCGUCCCAAAAGACAUUUUUCAAAUCCGUGAACAUCCAACACAAACACGAGGAGACGCCGGACAACGAGAGCAACGCGAGCGACGUCUGUUUUCUCCGUAUACGCCGUUUUACGCGCAGGAGUUUACACACUGCACCGCACCGGAAUCCGUAAGAGAUUUUCCGCAGUGACAAAAACUGACCACAGGAGGCACAAGUGGAACGGCAUCUCCCGUGUCCCGACGACUCGGGUCGUUCCGUCACCUGCAGCAGGAAGCUGUCGCGGCCCCUCGUCCUCGCAUCCGACGUAUGUUUGGAGAAGCGACAGUCACACAGGUUAACCUGAUCAGGGUCAAGCAGAGGAAGAGGAGGAGCCAAGUCUGUUGCAGGUUGAAGCUGAUCUUCAUCGCAUCAUCCAAAUACCCGCACUGUCUGAGGUGUCCAUUCAUUGAGCAGUAGAGUCAAUCAGCAGCGCGAGUGAGAGGCCUCUUCAUCCUGACACACAGCUUUGACUCCAGUAUGCAGGAGUGGUUUUAAGGAUGGAUGAAUCCAGUUUAUGCCUUGGUGUGCCCUCAGCAGUUCCUGAUGCUGACGCCCAUCUGAGCAAUGCAAUCUUGAAUGGUCGAUACCCAAUCAGUCAAAAGCUCCACCAACUCACUAACCAGCUGGAACACACCUUUCCUGACCUUCAUCGCUCUCAGCAGAUCACUGAAGAGAAAGUAGCCACCCCUUUGGAGGACAAAAUUAAUAACGCAGCCCUGGCUGGUCAACCAAUCAGCAGCCAGAUGGCCCUGUUAGCCAAUCAACUCAACAGGGACAUUGAUGCAGGAGCACUGAGUGGGCUGAAUGGGCGGGUGGACUUGCAGCAGUUUCUCAAUGGACAGAACCUGGGGAUCAUGUCUCAUAUGAAUGAUAUUGAAGAUGACACACGAAAAAACAGAAAGUAUCCCUGCCCACUGUGUGGCAAACGCUUUCGCUUCAACAGCAUCCUGUCUCUGCACAUGCGUACUCACACAGGUGAGAAGCCCUUCAAGUGCCCGUACUGUGACCACCGUGCAGCCCAGAAGGGCAAUCUGAAGAUUCACCUCCGCACCCAUAAGCUAGGUAACCUCGGUAAAGGACGGGGCCGUGUCAGAGAGGAGAACCGGUUGCUGCAUGAGCUAGAGGAGAGGGCCAUUCUGAGGGACAAACAGAUGAGAGGGAGUGGUGGUCUCAUUCAGACCCCUCAAACGCCUCAUUUGGGCCUUAACAACAGUAACAACACCAGUCAGCCACAAUUGGGAUCCUGUGGAAUUGCUCCUCCAUCUGGCAUCACCACGCCAGACACAGUUUCCCAGCCAUCUUCUUCUCCCAAGUCCACUACAACCCAGGAUGAACAUUUCCUCAGCCCAGCCACAGGGUUUCGCUGCACCUUCUGCAAAGGGAAAUUUAAGAAGCGUGAAGAGCUGGAUCGUCAUAUUCGCAUUCUCCACAAACCCUACAAAUGCACCCUGUGUGAAUUUGCUGCUUCUCAUGAAGAGGAGCUGAUAAACCAUGUAGAAAAGGCCCACAUCACUGCAGAGCCUGCGCAGGGUCAGGGUGCCGGAGGUGCUGGGGGUGUGCAGACGGCCACUGAGUUCCGUUGCGACAUUUGCGGACAGGUGUUCAGUCAGGCAUGGUUCCUUAAAGGACACAUGCGUAAGCACAAGGACUCUUUCGAACACUGCUGCCAAAUCUGUGGCCGUCGCUUCAAAGAACCAUGGUUUCUCAAGAAUCACAUGAAGGUCCACCUGAAUAAGUUAGCUAUCAAAUCCAAACCACCUCAGCCAAGCGAGCAGGAACUGUCUGCUGUCAACAGCAUGAGUAGUCUUGCUCAGGAGGCUCAUGCUAAUCUUUAUUCCCGGUAUAUCUCCUGUCUUCAAGGUGGAUUCCUAUCCCCAGACAAACAAGGUCUAAAUGAGCAGCACCAAAUGCUGGCCAAAGCAGGAAUAGCCAUGAAAGAAAGAGAGAUGCUGGGGAAGUUGCUGGGACCUAUGGCAAGAAGUAUGGGCCAUGCACUCGGUGAAAAUGAGAAACAGUCACUUCUUGGUUGUCUACAUUUAGUGCCACCGCUGAAAUCCAGCUGCAUGGAGCGUCUACAGGCAGCUGCUAAGGUGGCAGAAAUGGAUUCUCUCAGCAGCUACCAAGCAUGGCAGAUUAUGGCUCGUGGAACAGCAUUAGACCGUGCUUUCAUGCCUAAGGAGCAGCAGCACAUCACCCAGGGGCAGGAAGAGGAAUUGGGCAGUGUUGGGGCCUUGUCUUCCAUUACUAAGGACAAGCAAGACUACUCCUCAAUUCCUUCCAAUGAUAGCUCUAAGCAAAAACAGCUCUCAGAAGCCUUGCAGGGAUCCAAGACCUCCAGUGGAUCCAUGAUGACCAUCAAAGAGGAUGGAAGAGGCUUUGAUGGCCACCAUGACUUGUCAUACCACAGUAGUGCAGAGACUCCAGGAGCUCUGGCCGGCUUAGGAAGCCCCAACAUUGACUAUAGCCUCUCUGGUCUGAAGGAGAAACCUUCAGAGUGCCCUGACUGUGGCCGAAUCUUUAGGACAUACCAUCAAAUGGUUGUCCACUCCCGGAUCCACAGCAAAGACAGAAGAAGCAUGGAUGAAGUACUCCAGCAGCAAGGACUGGAUGAACGCCGUGGAUCCGCCAGUGAUCCUGAGUCCCAGUCCAUCAGCCGCUCUACCACUCCAGGAUCAUCCAAUGUGACGGAGGAGAGUGGCGCUGGAGGUCACUCCCACACAGGAAGUGUCCAGGAUGACAGCCCGCACCCUUCCUCACCAUCUUCAGAUGUUGGCGAGGACACGGUAAAGACCUCGGUAACUGUUCCUCCUCCACCUUCCCUGCCUCAGCACCGAGAGAGAAACAUUGGACCAUCGUCAAAGGACUGUCCUUACUGUGGAAAGUCAUUCAGGACCUCACACCACCUCAAAGUUCACCUGAGAAUACAUACAGGAGAGAAACCCUAUCGCUGUCCUCAUUGUGACUAUGCUGGAACCCAGUCUGCCAGCCUCAAGUACCAUCUGGAGCGUCACCACCGUGAGCGACAGAACAGUUCUGCCUCCUCAGGACCAUCCUCCACAGGUCACAGCACAGCUUCCGACCACAAAGAGGAUCAUGGGAAAAUGGCGGGAGGUGCAAUAUUUGCUCGACCAGACAUUCUUCGCAGCGUCUUCAAAGGAAUUCCUCCCAACAUGGACUUCAGAGCCGGACCACUGCUGCCUCAUCAGUGGACAUCAGCCGGGAUGAUGACACCCCAUGAUAACAAUCGUGAACGUGGGGAUCAUCGAUUUGACUCAACCUCCUCGGUUGAAAACCUGAAAAUGACUGAUGUGGCGUCCACCCUUGUCUCUACGGCAACAGAUGGCCCUGCCAACUUCUCUGAACUCGGCAGAGCCUACCAAACCAUGAUGGGAAAUGGAGUGCCCUUCCAAGGCUCCCUGCAAGCCUUUAUGGACAACUUUGUCCUGGGCUCAAUGAAGAAAGACUUAAAAGACAACCAAAGUCCUGGGCAGCUCAAGAACCAGCUAUACCACGAUAAUGGGGAGCCGAAGGCCAAGAGGGCAGCACCCACUGAGCAUGAUAAAGAGGACAAACCUGAAAUCAAGAAGAACUCCGACCCUCGAAAACCCGGAUCCCAGUAUGAACCUCUGGACUUGUCUGUGUCAGUUCGACCUGAGUCUGCAUCCGGAGCACUUCCGGGUUCAUCAGUUACCGUUCUAGAUAACGUGGUGUGGCACGGCUGUCUCUUCUGCUCCUUCUCCACCUCCUCAUUCGAGCUCAUGGCCCUGCACCUCCAGGCAAACCAUCUUAGUAAGACCCAGCUGCAGAGGCCCAACACCAGUGACACCUCCUCUUCCAACACUAAGACCUCCAAUGUCAACAAAGAUGGAGACAAAGAUGGAGAGAAAAACCAAGGAGGCUGGAGCAAUCACGUUGACCAGACCUACAACCCCUUUCAGAGUGAGUUUUACAGAAGAUUUGGUGGCUUGUAUGAUGGAUCACCAGGUGCCAACCCCAGCCUUCAGGGGUUUGUGACUCCAGCAGAGCAAGGUCUGGAUAUCCCUAAUGUCUCCUUUGAAGGUACAUCUUCAGCUGGGGAUGAGCAGAUGGCUGAGAGAAGCUCUCACGGAGAAGCAGAAGAUGAUCAGGGAGGAUCAGACGAUGAAGUAGCAAAAGGAGAUGCUGCUGAGGCUUCUUUGAACUCCCCAAGGAGGCUGCCCCGACAGAUCCAGUAUGAUGAAGACGAACAAGACGGCGUGACUGAAGAAGAUGAAGAAAAAGAUCAGGACAUUGAUGGAGAUAAUCUUCAGAAUCACCGCAAACAUCAUCAGGAAGAUUUCUCCUUUCCUCCCAGGAGCGGAGCUGGGCUAGCAGCUUCUUCUUCCUCCACUAUGUCUUCACUUUCUCUGGGUCCUCCAGUUCAAAACCAUACCAUGUCACUGGAGAAGCAGUGGCAGCAGAAGAGUCUUGGCCUGCUCGCUUCAGGAGGAGGUCAUGGACUUCGGAACGCCGAGCCGUACGGCCACCAAGAUCAGCAGAUGAACAUGCUGUCAGUCCUGAGAGCCUACAGCAACGAGAACAUGCCAACCUUCAAUGGCCUCGGAGGAGGAGCUGCGGGAGGAACAGUGAAAAGGCCUGAAGUUCCUGUUCACCUGUGGGUGGGAGGAGAGGACGAAGAUCGCCCCAUGACCGCCGACCCCACACUGACCCUUCACCCUGACAGUGAUCUCAACAAUCACUCAAAUGGCUUAAAUGGAGGCGAGGUUGAGGGUUAAAAAAAAAAAAGAAACUCUGCCAUGAAGGUGAAAGAUGUGUAAAUGAAGGAUGAAGAACGCUGAAUGAAGAAGAAAUUUAAAAAGACUUUAUUUAAAAUGAAAAAAAAAAAAUCACAAAACUACCAUCACAGUGAGAACAAUUGUAUGCAGGACAGAGUUUGGGUUCGAUUAUGAACAUCUUUGAGUUUUUUUUGGACACUAAAACUAAUGUUUGUCUCCUGUGGCCCUGGUCUUAUCAUUUUUUGUUUUUGAUUAAACUACCUGUUUAAAAAAAAAACAACACAUACAUUCCUUUUCCUAAAACAUUUCCUAAAAUGUUUUUUUUUUUGUUUGAAUUUGUUUGUUCAACAGGAGUUCUUACGUGGUCACCUUCUGUUUGCUGCCACCUAAAGGCCACUUCCUGUGUGUUGUUACUGGAAUUCUCUCCUACUGUAAGAACAGAAAACAGUGACUGAUGGACAGAGUCAUGUACUUCCUGUCCCUCCCCCCUUCAGUUAAUCAAAGCUCUGGUGUGCUUACGUCAUGUGAAGUGACAGAAGUCAUGUUCAAAUUUACUGUUACUGUACAUCACAGAAGAAAAACAAACAAACUAAGCUGUAAAGUAUGUUUCAGGUAAUUAAAAAAAAAACAGUAGUGAAAAAGCAGGAACGUUUAUUUUUGUUUGUUUGUUUUUUUCAGGUGAAGUUGAAGGAUUAAAGCAAUGUUUUGUUUCUUCUGUCAUCUUUAUCUUCUCCUUAUAUCCAAUGCUUCUUUCUCCCUGUCUUUCAUUCCUCCAAUCUUAACAAUCACUUUUUAUUAUCUUAUAUGUAAAGAUAAUAAUAAUAUUUCAACUUCCAUUUUCCUUACUUUCUUGCUUCCACCUCUCCUUUCCCUCCCUUUCUUUCUUUGCUUUUCUUUCCCCAAACAUCCCCCUCUUGUUUCUGGCAUUGUUGUUAUUUCCUUCACCUUGUAAGCAUGUUACUUACUUCUUACUACAGUAUUACUUGUGGUAAAAAAAAA